UCGAGGAUGACAUUCCCCCCCAACGAUACCCAAAAAAAAAAAUCAUUGCUCAUUACAGCCGAGAGCUCUAUAGAAGCAACAACGUAUAGAACGGAAAAUACAAAACCAUAUAGAGUACAUUUUGUGAAAAAAGUUCCGAGUACAUUGAGAUCUUUCAAGAUGAUGCCGCCGCCGUGGAACAAUCCCCCACCCGUGCCCGUUUCCGAUUCGGACUCUGAACAGGACUUUGACUUGGAGUACGAGGUGUGGGUGAAGAAGUUGCUGGAGGAGGAGGAGCGGGAGGAAGUGCAAGAGGACGGGGAGGACGAGUCUCAUCUGCACAAGAACUACCUCAAGGAUAUUUAAAGGCGGCACGAUACAACAAAAACAAACCACAAACCGCCUUGUGAUUCGUAGAUGAAAAUUCCAUGAAAUCGAAUAAAUGAUCGUGCCCC